AUGUUUUCAAAGAAGAAAAAGACCCUUCAAACCAUACUCGCAUCCAAUGCAGGCUGUGGCUGUGGCAGGCCAAAACUCUCAGAUGUAUACGAGCCGAUACCAAAACCUAGACCUAGACCCUGCAGAACCUCAAUUUCCCAAAAAGAUCCAAACCCUAAUUGUUCAUCUUCAAGCUCCUGUGACAAAAGUGUAGGCUUCUCAUUGAUGGACAAUGAAGAAGAAGAUUACACCUCAACCACUAUCACUCUGAACAAAGACAACACUUCAUCAUCACAAAACUCCGAAUCUGAAACCGAUCCAAAAGCAUCCAAGAUUAUUGACAGCAUUGCUGUGGUGAAAUAUUCUAACGACCCAUUUCAAGACUUCAAGCAUUCCAUGUUGCAAAUGGUCGUGGAGAAAAAUAUCUACUCAAGAAAUGAUCUUGAAGAACUCCUCAACUGCUUCUUGGAGCUGAAUUCUCCUUGCCACCAUAGCGUCAUCGUUCAAGCUUUCACUGAGAUCUGGAAUGAGAUCAUCUCGAAGAGGAUCGUCAAGAAACCCUGUGCUCAGUUCAUGUGA